CCCGGUCCAUGAACCGCCCACCCCCCAUCAAUCCCACCUCACAAACCGCGCCCUCCUCUCCUCCCGUACACCGCCGCCGCUUCCCCCACAACCACCACCGCGCACCACCAACGGCAAAACCCUCCCCCAAAUUCGAACCUCCCCUCCCCUCCCCUCUCCUCCGCCGAUUCGAUGGAGGCGCCGCCGCCGCUGACGGCGGGCGCGGUGACGGAGAUAUGGGAGCUCCCGAACGGGCCGGCGACGUUCCAGCCGGUGCUGCAGGUCGCGGACCUUCGCCCCGUCGUCGCCAAGAACACGACCGCGGCGGCGGCCGCGGCGCAGCACUCGGAGCGGUUCCGCAUGCUGCUCUCCGACGGCGUCCACUCCCAGCAGUCCAUGCUCGGCACCGGCCUCAACGACCUCAUAAAGGACGGAACCCUCCGCGUCGGCUCCAUCGUCCACCUCACGGACAUGACGUGCAACACCAUCCAGAAACGCAGGAUCGUUAUUGUUGUCAAACUUGAAGUUCUCCAAAGUGAGUGCCCCAAAAUUGGGACACCAAAGAUUUAUGAGAAAAGCUUACCUGAGGAACAGGAGCCUAACUUACCGGCCAAUCCUGCUCAAACAAACAGUGGAAACUAUUCUGGCCCAGGCAUGCUGGGGUCUGCAGUUGCUCCAAGGGUGGAACAGAUUGGUAACAAUCUGUCAUAUGGUAGACCCAACAACGGUGGCCCAGGUGUGGACUCUUCAAUUUGUCAGUCUGUUCAACCUGGUGCUAACAAUGUGUUGUCUGGUGGAACUUAUGGUGCAAUGUCAGCACAUAACACAAUGAAUGCCAACGUGGUGCACCCAAACUCUCAUCAAAACCAAAGUUUUGCGGUUCCUGGCACAGGUGGGGGCUUUGGCCCUCCUGGCAAUAUAUAUGGGCGCCCUGCACAGCCUUCAUAUCAGCAGCCACCUCCACCCCAUAGAAAUAGUGGCCCAGUUGCUAAGAAUGAAGCUGCUUCUCGUGUUAUUCCAAUUUCUGCACUGAACCCAUACCAACGUACAUGGACAAUAAAGGCUAGGGUGACUGCGAAGGUUCAUGUCAAGAACUUCAAUAACGCAAGAGGUCCAGGAAAAGUCUUCUCCUUUGAUCUCCUUGAUGCAAAUGGUGGAGAAAUUCGUGCAACAUGCUUUGGCGUGGCAGUUGAUCAGUUCUAUGACUUAAUUGAGGUUGAUAAGGUGUACUUGGUAUCUAGGGGAUCGCUAAAACCUGCAAACAAGAGGUUUAGCCCUUUAAACAAUGACUAUGAAAUAAACCUUGAGCCUUCAUCAUCUAUAGAAGUUUGUUCUGGUGAUGAUAGCAGCAUCCCUAAGCAGCAGUUCAAUUUUCGGCAGAUCAGCGAAAUUGCAAACAUGGAUAAAGAUACCACGGUAGACUUGCUUGGUGUUGUUACUUCAGUUAGGCCUUCUUUUACAGUAAUGCUUAAGAAUGGCGGGGAAACCCAGAAAAGAGUCCUUCAACUGAAGGACAUGUCUGGUUGCAGUGUGGAAAUGACCUUUUGGGGUAACUUCUGUGAUGCUGAAGGUCAGCAGCUGCAGUCGCUGUGCGAUUCUGGUUUGAAUCCUAUACUUGCGCUGAAAUCUGGCCGAGUUGGUGAAUUCAAUGGCAAAACAGUGAGUACAACUAGCUCAAGUUUGUUAAAAAUAAAUCCAGAUUUCCCUGAAGCUGAAAGGCUGAGGCAGUGGUACAUAACUGAAGGAAAAAUUGCUGCCUGCACUUCUUUAUCUGGGGAAAUGUCAAGCAUGGGCAGGACUGAUGUCCGGAAAAAAACUGCACAGAUCAAGGAUGAACGCCUGGGGCAAUCAGAAAAGCCUGAUUGGAUCACCGUUCAAGGUGCAAUUUCACAAAUCUACACUGAUAAUUUUUGUUACCCAGCAUGCACCAGGGAGGUUAAUGGUAAAAGCUGCAACAAAAAGGUCACAAAUAAUGGUGAUGGGAUGUGGCUUUGUGAGAAAUGCGAUCAGAGCUCUGAAACGUGCGAGUAUAGAUACCUGCUGUCGUGCCAUAUCCAGGAUCAUACUGGGUUCACUCAUGCAACUUCGUUCCAAGAGGCUGGCCAGGAGAUAAUCGGCCUCUCAGCACAAGAUCUUUUCAGGAUAAAGCAUGAAGAGCAAGACGAUGUACGGUUUGCAGAAAUCAUACAGCAGGUCCGUUUUCAGCAAUACCUAUUCAAGCUGAGAGUCAAGGAAGAAGUCUAUAAUGAUGAGCCGCGUGUGAAGUGCAACAUUGUUAAGGCUGAAAGAUACGACCCAGUGAAAGAGAGUCGUUUUUUUCUGGGGGCCAUUGAUAGCCUUUUGGCGGAGGACACUUCAGGCUCUUCCCCUGGGCUGAAUGGUGGUCCUGCUGUUAAUGCUGGCUUCGCCAACUCAGAAGCUGGACAGAGUGUGCCAGCCUCCAACAAUUCCUAUGCCGUGAAUAUGGGUGGCCCAAAUCAGUUUGGGCAGCAAUUCAGCGCAUCGAUCGGGAUGCCGGCUGCACCAUCAGCGACACCAGCAGCAGGUAGCGGCUUCGCACCUAAUUCCUAUGGUCCUUCAGCUGCCAAUGCCAGCUCAGGCUUGUGCUUCAAAUGUAACCAGCCCGGGCACUUUUCAAGAGACUGUCCAGGGCAGGCUGCCCCCUACAGUUCUUCGGCUGGCGGCAACGCCAACACUGGUCUGUGCUUCAAAUGUAAUCAGCCUGGGCACUUCGCAAGAGACUGUCCAGCGCAGGCUGCUGGCCACCAGCGCCAGACGUAUGCGAAUGGCGCCGCGGCAGGAGGAUACAACAGGCAAUCCUAUGUUGGUAGCUAAGUAGUUUGGCCGAUCACUUGUUUUCUGUUCUCUACUUUGGUACUGCUUGUAGUAUUUUCAUGUACCUGCACUACUUGGUCUUGAUUGUCAAUAGAUGUUGACUGGACAA